GACCAGGCGUGUUUACACCUGCAGUGACAGAGAGAAACACUGCUGCCACUGACAGGGAAGUCCAUUGUUUAAACCGAGAUAAGAAGCAAUAUUGUCGUGAGAGGUUUUUGUUCAGCGGACGCCCAGUGGGACUCGCUCUGGGCAGCCUCUUCCCAUCUGUACCCCAGGAGGGAAGCUACAUCCUCGGCCACAGGCUCCAGGAAGCCAGCCCUCUUGCUGUCCACCAUGGACGAAACGGAUGUGGAACAGGUGACCCUGGCUCUGUUAGAUGCUGCCACUGAUAAAGACUCAGAGGUCCAGGAACAGGUCAGAAAGUCCAUGUUGACCCUGGGAAAACAGCAGCCAGACAGAGUCUUAGCCAUGUGCCAGGACUACCUUCUGAAACACCCUAAGCUGGUUGUGAGCCACAGAGUUGUGAUUCUUCAAACUAUUGAGCUGAUUGUGGGCUGUAGGAUAGAUGAAAUAAGUUACCCCCGGAUCAAAAGUAUCAUCUCUCUGGCCUCAGAUGAGAUGACACGAUCAAAGGAGGUCAUCCCCGAUUGGCAGCAGGCAGCCAGUAAUAUCUUGGUUGCCGUGGGUAACAAGCACAUCAAUGACAUCAUGGAGGAGAUUCUAAGCAAGUUUCAGCCAGGACUCCUGCCUCACUUCUUUGUGGUCCAGACACUAGCAAACCUUUCAGACUCCAAUGUUUAUGGCAUGGUGCCCUUCCUCAAUGCUAUUUUGGGCACCAUGUUGCCCAUGUUGAGCAUGGCCAAACAGGACAACAUGAAGUGGGUCUUCUCCUCUGCUCUGUGUCAUUUCAGCGACAGUAUCUUGGAGUACCUCGCCAACCUGGACAAAGCUCCAGACCCCACAGUCAGAAAAGACACAUUUUCCAGUGAAAUGUAUGCUGCUUUCGACAUCCUCUUCAAUAACUGGUUACAAAGCAGGGAGUCUAAGUUGAGGCUAACCGUGGCCGAGGCACUGGGCUCUAUGUGCCAUCUGAUGGCCAGUGAUAAACUGGAAGAGCAGAUUCCUAAACUCAUUCCUGCCAUCCUGUCCCUGUACAAGAAAAACAAUGAGCACUACGUGAUUAGCAAGAGUCUGUGCCAAGUGCUCGAUGCUUCUGUCAGCAUGGGCAGCAGGGUGCUGGAGAUACAACUGGACAGUCUACUCUUUGCGCUGCAUCAACAGGUGUCUGCCCCUGUCGAUUACAGUAACCCUCCUACUGUCAAGAACCACAAUGAGGUCCUGCGCUGCUUCAGCUUACUAGCGAACUCCUUCCCAGACCGGAUGGUCAUGUUUGUUCUUCAGAAGUUGGAGAACAGCAAUGAGCGAAGCAGGAUGGGCUCUCUGGCUGUCCUUCGUCACCUCAUCAACUCUAGCACUUCCACUAUGGAGAAUAAGAAGCUGCUGAUUCUGGCCAGCAUCAGACAACCAAUGGCCGACCACAGCAACAAGGUCAAGAAGCGCGUGGUUCAGGUGAUCAGUGCGAUGGCUCAUCAUGGCUACCUGGAAUUAGAUGGAGGAGAGUUACUGGUUCGAUUCAUCGUUCAACACUGUGCCUUACCUGACACAUAUCGGCGAGGCCAUAGGCCCACAGAUCCAGAAGAGGUGACUAACGAGGCGCUGAGGACGAUGUGUGACAACACCCUUCAUCUCCUGACCACCACAGUAGGACGACUAGCUGAUGUGCUAUGGCCAAAACUGCUGUACUAUCUGACCCCGUCACAGUACAGCAAUGCCACCACUCCUCUGUGUAAGAGUCUAAUAGUGCUCGGCAACAAGAAGAAAAACAACCAGGAGUCCAGCUUUAAUAUAGAUUUCACAAAGGAAGUCAAUCUGUCCUCUCCUCAAACACUAAUGGUCAGACUGCUGGUGAACGCAGCGUUCCCGUUCAGCAACAGAGAUCACGGAGCUCCAUCCCUCGCUCUCCUUCAAACCCUCAGUAUCAACAUCCACCCCAAUGCUGAGAUACUCUGGGAGAAAGAGAUUCCUCCCCUGCUUUCUAUUCUAGAAGAGUCAAUGCCAGAGAGCCUGGAUAAACAGCACUGGGAUGAAAAGUUGCUGAAGCUCUUGUCUAAAACCCUGGCUACUAUUGAUGAUGACAAGUGGGUGUGUCACUUGGCAGCUGAAGCAACAAGAUACCUCUCCACAUAUAACAACGCCUUAGAGGAGAAGAAUUUCCUUUAUCGAUGUAUAGGAGUGACUCUCCAGCAGUGUUUCAAUAAGGAGGUGGUUAAAAAACAGCUGCAGGAAAUUCUCCUCGCAGCACGACACAAUGAUGCCAUUGAAAGAGAGGGAGUUGCAAUGGGUGUCGGUCUGUGUGCCAACAGCCACUUAGAGGGAACUCUGGCUAAGCUGGAAGAGUUUGGCAAGUCAGACGCCUUCAAGAAGUCACCGAGCAUCUUCAACCUUCUCAAAGAGCGUAACGAUGUUGAGGUAGAGAAGGUGAAAAGCACAUUAAUCUUGUGUUAUGGUCAAGUGGCUCUGAAUGCACCCCCAGAAAAGAUCCUGACCCGCAUUGAUCAAGACAUUCUUCGCUGCAUCAGUAAACACUUCAACACCAAGGUUCUGGGGAUUAAAGUAGAGACAAAGGACCUGACUAUGAAGCUCAGUUUGAUCCAGAGUGUUGGGCUCAUUGGCAAAGCCAUCAGUGAGUGUGUGAAGAGACAAGGCUACGUGUUCUCUCGCAAACAGGAGCUCAUUACCGUCAUGCUGGAUUUUAUCAAGGCUGAGCCAGCUGAUUCAUUAAGGACUCCAGUACGCCAUCUUGUGAUGACCACCUGUGCCAACCUCAUGCCUCUGGACCCUGCUCUGAGUGAGAACGAGAGCUUUGACUUGCUGAAAGUGUGUGUGAACAGUGUGUUCUCUCUGCCGCCUGAGACACACACGCCAGAGAAAACUAAAGAAGAGGACAUACUGGACCCCAAGCAGAGAAAGGCAUUGUACAAAGACACGUUGACUGCACUGCAGGAGCUGCUGAAAAGUGUACUGGCCAAAGAUCCCACACCUGAUGGCCUCCAGAGUGUCUUCAAGCACAUUGAAUCAUGGUUGAGCUCUGGACAGGACCAUGAGAGACAGAGAGCUGUCACAGCGACUGCUCACAUACUGGCUUACUACCUGGAUAACCUCACUGUCAAGAACAUGGUGUCUUUCCACAACCUUGGAGCUCUGCUGGGUCGACUGUCUCCACGAUGUUCUGACCCUCACCCUGCUGUACGCACUGCUGCUGUGGACUGUAUAUACUCACUGCUUUACAUACAGCUACGCUAUGAAGGAUUCUCCCUUGAUUAUAAAGAUGAAGCUGUGGAGAGCCUGUUGCCUCUAAAAGACAGACUAGAAAACCCAGACCACUCAGUUCUGUAUAAGACCUGCUCUGACCUCACCAAGGUGAUGAGUAAGCGUCUGCCUCAGCAGCAGCUGACGACACUGGUGUUCAUGUUGUUUGAAGGGCUGGUCGACAGUCAGGCAAACUGCUGCAGAGCAUCAUCUGUCAUCCUAAAUACUUUGCUGAAGAACAGAGGAGGAGGACUACAAGAGCUGGUCCCAGAGAUGCUAGAGGUGUUACAUGUACGUCUGCAGAACAUCACAGAGGAGCAGGUGAGAGUGGCAGUGGGACAGACGGUACUAAUCCUGGCUUCUCAGCAUCUGCAGACUGUUAUCAGUACACUAGUAAACCAACCAAUUCCCUUUGACAGCUGGACCAGUGAGAUGUGGAUGGCCCUGGGGGCAGACCCCAUUGUAGCCAGUCAGAUCAUUGAGAUGGUGAUGGAGAAGCUUCUCAUCAUGGCGCCCUAUGUUGACCAGAGGGAGUCAGUGAUCAGAGGAGGGACAACAAAGGUGGCCACCAAUCAGCCACUGGCUAUGACAUGUGGUCUUAAAGAACUGCUGUUAAAUGGACAGAGUCAGGAGCCAGCAGUCAGUCAGUUUCCUCAGCUCUUCUCAUGUCUGACUGUGAGACUCGGAUCAAGCGUCGGGGUCUCAGCACCGAGGGACAACAACACCAAACACACUGCCUCCGUCCAUGUGGCAGGGGUUGCAGCUGAUGCCCUGCGCAUCUUGUUAGCACGGGCCCAGUUAGAUGAAGUGAUGAAGAGACUGGAUGAAGAUAAUGCCUGGGAUGCAGUGAAGGAACAGAAUACACACAUUACAGGAGUUACACUACUGGCAAGGGCGAUGGCUAAGCACGCUGGUCCCAGGUUGCCCGCCAUUGUGGAGUGUCUGUGUCCCUCUUUGAACAACAUCUACGAAUGCCAGAGAAUCACCGUCACUGCUUUCUUCUCUGAGCUCUUAAACCAUCACGUGGUGACGGAGUUGAUGUUGAUUGAUGUGUUAAUGAACAACAUGAUGGAGAGGAUAUCCGAUCCCUGUUGUAAUGUCCGCAUGUUGGCUGUGCGGGGGCUAGGCAACAUAGCUGUGGGAUCACCUGAAAAGGUGAAUAAAUACGCCAAAGAGCUGCUGGCAGCCAUGAGUUCGGGCAUGGAGGAGAAAGACGAUCCAGGUAAGCUUAUUACCCUGGAGGCCAUGUCUGGUCUCUCUAAAGUCCUCCUCUAUCUGGACAAGAAGAACGUCCACUUAUUAGUGGUCUACAUCUUCAUGAAGAUUAAACCGUUCUUGGAAAGCGAGAAUGAUGAGAUCCGCUGUGCUUCCAUCCACCUAAUGGGGAACUUGUCCAAGUUUGGCUCAGGGGAGCCAGUGUUCAAAGACCAGAUCCACAAUGUUCUGGUCAGCCUGCUGUUACACCUGGUUGACCCAAACCCACAGGUGGUCAAGGCGUGUAAGUUUUCAAUGCGAGUGUGUGCUCCGGUGGUGGGAUCAGAGCAGAUCACAGCCAUGUUUCAGAACCACCUCCACGAAGACAAGAGCUUGCACUACGGAGAGUUUAUCAAUGACCUCACCAAGUACCUGAUUCAGGACUUUCCAGGCAUGCUGAACUUUUAUCACAUCUCAGUCAUCCAGUUCUUCAAGAGCAACUGGCCUGAGGUCAGAGCAGGAGCUGCCAUGUUCAUAGGGUUUCUGCUGGGGAAUCUUCCAGAGGAGCAUUUCUCCCACCUCAACAUGGGAACCAUCACAAAAGGUUUAGUGAUGCUGCUCCAAGAUCCAGAUCCUGUGGUGAGAGUGAAGGCUGCUGAAGCCAUGGGACAUUUCCACUGACACACACGCACGCACACACACACACAAAAACCUACAUACAAAGCUUUCCUUUUGUCUCAAGUGGUAGGUCUCCGCUACAUAGAAAAAAGAGAAGGAAUAUUUAUGAUAUGACCCACAGUUUACAAAAACAUUAAGAGCCCAUCAUUUCAAUGUGCAGGUAUUUUAACAGCAUUCAAAUUAUACAACUGCAACCUACAUUAAACCAAAACAGGGACCAAAGCAGAAACAGAUGUGGAGCCAAAAGCCAAACUGUCAGAUUUACCAAAAUGUCAAAAAAAUCAUACAAAAUCAACACGAUACUAAUUAUUUAUAUGCACAAAUACACACACAUAUAUACAAAUAUUUAACCAUUAGCAGCUUUGUCUGACACUUAACUAUGGUACUUGAAAGGAAGUGUUGAUUCUUAACUAUAUUUUAGUGACCAAAGACUGUGUUUCUCUGUAGAGAUAGACGUCGUCUGUAGUGUUUAGCCUUCUGUCAGUGACAAUAGCAGAGGUAAACUGUGUUCUAUCAAUGGAAGGCGCCAAGACGUUUCUAAAGGUUGGAAAACACAUUUGAACUUGAGAAAGACGUUUUUUAGAAUAAAUAUAGUUUCUUCAAAUAUGUGAAAAGAUAACAGUGCAUUCAAAGUACAUGACGACGGUUCCACAUGGCUGGUGGCUGAAGUGUGUUUGUGUGUGUUGUCAUACCAGCAUUUCACGGUGGUGUUGUGGAUGUUAGUUUUAGUUGCAGACGAUCUCUUUUGGAGGUAGUUUAAAUGAAGGGGUCUUUUGGUGUCCUAAAGAGCCUCCCUCUGAUUAACAUGGUAUUGUUCUUUUCACAAUCUGAGCUUUAUCCUCGACCCUCCUACAAGAUCAAAUGAAACAUUUUAGGUCAGUUAAAUAUACAGCACAGCGUGUAAAUUAAUGUGAAUCCUGUAUUAGAAAAAAUGGCUAUAAAUGUUGAAUGCAUACAGCAAGACUUUGUCAAAUCAGCCAGCAAUAACCAGUCUGUCACUACUUCUAGGUCUUACUUCUGUAACCAGUCUCUGACAGCAGGACUUGUCUACACUAACAGUCCUACUUUUGGGGCUGUACAGUAGCUCACAUGUGAACUGGCUGGUUCAGAACAGAGGAAACACGGUUUAGCCAAGAUUUUGAACCACGUGGACAAACUGGUGCCAAGCUCACCUCCAUUUCCAAGCCAUUAAGACGCUGUUUAUGAGUUACUGCCACAGCUGCGACUGAAAUGGCCACACUGGACACUUUCUGGCACAACAAUAAUUUCUUUGGUCCAGCUCAUGCAGCUGCUUUUACUUCUCUCUGUUUGAUCUGCACACAGUUUAUGAUUUUAAUUUCACAUUACGGGUCUAACAAGUGUUAAGCCGCGCUCUGUACGAGCAUUAAUUACCACGAGAUGACUGCCAGGCAUCCUGUGGCAGCAUUCAUAAACACACCUGCCAACUGACUCAUUUUAAUGCAGUGACGUUUUUCUUCUCCGUCAGGCUUUUUAUGGCCGUUUCUUCUUUGAGAGGUGAAUAUUAUUUUGUGUUAGCCAGGUUAAACUUACAAAACAAAGUCGGAACCAGCCAGGUCCAGACAGUCACACCAUUACUUACCAGUGUUGUUGGGCAGAACACACCAGUGUAGCCAUGCUGAAAACAUUUAGUGCCAAAUGUUCGUUGAUAAGAUAUAUAAUAAUAGCACCGCAGAGAUGCUGUAAAUGAUUUUCUCUCUCUCACUUUGAAUGCACUUAAUGUUGUUUCAAUGCCAUUACUCCAUUUAAAUGUUUGUACAGUUUUAGGUGACAGCCGUUGGUUUGCAGUUCUCAUGCUGUUGUGUAAAUAUACGUGCAAGUGUUGUACUGUGUAAGGAUGUCUCCACAUGUUACUUAAUUUACUUAAAUGCCAACAAAGACAGGUACGAAAAUAAUCCAGCAUGUGUCUUCAUUUGAAUCCGUUUGGUGACAAAUGUCGAAUAUGAUUCAGGUGAAAGUAACACAUUGUUUGUUUUAAAAUAAUUGAUCACAUGUGUGUUUACCUUAAAUAUUUCUAUUGCACUUUUGAGCUCUGUCAUGCAGUCCCUGGUUUAAGAACUGAAAUGCAAACAAGGAGCUGAACCUGUUUAUUUGUUUUAUCUUUAUUUUAAUUUCUUCACGAGACAUAUGUCACAUUUGGAGAAGAUUUUCUUGCUCUUAAAUAACUGAAAAAAAGCUGGUUUCAGCUGUAGUUUUUUUUUUGGUUAUUUAAAAGGAAAGCAAAGGUUUUCCCUAAUGUGAUAACUUUUUAUUGGAAGACAAAUAUUCAUUCAGUAAGUUUACAAAUCAAAUAUGAAAGGCUGCUCUGGUAUCUGUAUCUGUUGUAUUAGUUAUUCUACAUACAGGGACUCGUGGCUUCUAGCACUUUCUAACACUAUGGCUUUGUUUAGGGUGAAUGGUAAAUGAGUAAUAUUUUAGUUUUAAAAGCUGAUAUGAUUUUUUUUUUCAUGUCAUCUGCCUGUUUUAUAACAUGUUGAAUGCUGUUAAUAUCCUCGUAUGAUUGACACAUGGCUUCAUGUGUGAAUGUGUUCAAGCGUGAAUGUGUGCAUGUCAUUUUUCAUGUUAUUGGAUCAGAGGAGAGAGUGGUGGAUGGCAGUCAUUGUAUUUAAUUGAAGAAAUAAACAGUUCCAUCAAAUAAUA